GCGUCCCGGGUCACGCCGCUGCAGAAGGUGAUGGACAUGCUGGACGAGAUGGUCGCCAAGGGUGCGGCGGCCAAGCACGAGGAGGAGGUGGCGUUCGCUGAGUUCCACCAAUGGUGCGAUUCCCUGCGGGACGAGAAGGAGAAGAGCAUCAAGGAGGCCUCGGCGCAGAUCGAGCAGCUGACCGCGGACAUCGCUAAGGCCGAGAGCGAUGCAGGGACACUCGCGGGAGAGCUCAGCGCCCUGGAGGCGGCCAUUGCGAAGGCCGAGUCGGAGCUUGCAGAGGCGAAGCAGAUCCGUGCAAAGGAGGCGGCAGACUACGACGCGCAGCACGCCGACUUCUCGGAGUCGAUCGACGCGCUGGAGAGGGCCGUGCAGGUGCUCAAGGCCCGCGAGGCGGACGUGCCGCAGUCGCUGGCGCAGGUGCGCGCCGCGGGGUACCUGCCCCCGAAGGCGAGGGCUGCCCUGGCGGCCUUCCUGGAGACGCGGCAGGCGCCCGAGGCGAACGCCUACGAGUUCCAGUCGGGCGGUGUUGUGGCGAUGCUGGAGAAGUUGCGGCACAAGUUUCAAGACCAGCUGCUGGCUCUGCAAAAGGAGGAGAUGAACAUGAAGGCGAACUUCGAGGCGCUGUCGCAGGGCCUGGAGGACAAUAUCGAAUACGACACCAAGUCUUCAAAGCAGAAGACUGCAGAAAAGGCCGCUCGGCUGGAGGCCGCCGCCAAUGCCAAGGGGGAUCUUGUGGUAACCCAGAAGACGAAGGCCGACGACGAGAAGAACCUCGAGGAUACCCUUACGGAGUGCCACCAGAAGUCGGAGGAGUUCGAGAAGAACCAGGUGCUGCGCAAGGAGGAGAUCGACGCCAUCCGGAAAGCCCACGAGAUCUUGUCCAGCGACGAGGUCCUCGGCAAUGCGGAGAAGUACCUCCCGAAGUUGGUCCAGAAGGCGCCCGCCUCGUUCGCCCAGAUGCGUUCGCAGGUGGGCGAGGACGGCGACAGCCGGGCGCGCGCCGCUGCCUACCUUCAGAUGCGCGCCAAGAAGCUUGGCAGCCAGUACUUGCUCACAAUGGCAGCUCACGUCACCGAGGAUCCUUUCGGCAAAGUGAAAAAGAUGAUCAAAGAUCUCAUAGUAAAGCUCAUGGAGGAAGCGAAUGCGGAGGCAGACCAUAACGCCUUCUGCAGCACCGAGCUGGCCACCAACAAGCAGACGCGCGAGAACAAGGCUGCGAAGGCCGAGGAGCUGUCCGCGACGUCGGACAAGCUGACGGCGGACAUCGAACUGCUCGCCGAGGAGAUCGCGCAGCUAGGGGAUGCAAUCGCGACCACUCUGGCCGAGCAGGCCGAGGCGACGAAGAUCCGAAGCGAGGACAAGGCCGCCAACGCGCAGACCGUUGCCGACGCCAAGGAUGGUCAGGGCUCCGUCGAGAUGGCCAUCAAGGUGCUGCGGGAUUUCUACACCAGGGCCGAGGGGGCCGGCGCGCUGGUGCAGACGCGGGAGCCGUACAAGGGCAUGCAGGACGUGAAGGGUGGCGUGAUCGGCAUGCUGGAGGUCUGCCUGUCCGACUUCGCCCGCCUGGAGACCGAGACCUCGCUGGCUGAGGAGCAGGCCCAGGCCGCGUACGAGAAGUACAUGGCCGAGUCCACGGAGUCGAAGGAUGUGAAGGCGGUCGAGAAGGAGCACAAGGAGGGUAACAAAGCAGACGCCGAGAGCAACCUGCGCACCACCAAGAAGGAGCUCUCUCUGACGCAGCAGGAGUUGGACAAGGUUCUGAAUUACUACGACAAGCUGAAGGCUGACUGCCUCGACACAGGGCUCAGCUACGAGGAGCGUGUGAAAGCGCGCGAAGAGGAAAUUCAGAGCCUCCAAGAGGCGCUUAAAAUCUUGCAGGGCGAGGACAUUGCAUGA